AUGCCUAUUCAAGACUUAUCAGGAAAGGUAUUUCUGUUAAUAACUGGUGCAAGUCGUGGAAUUGGAAAACAAAUUGCACUAUCAUUUGGUUCAGUCUUAGAAAAAGACUCACAUGUUAUGUUAUUAGCAACAAACUUAAAUGCCUUAAAAGAAACUGCUAAAAAUAUUCCUUCCAAUAUAUCUGUAGACACUGUUAGUAUUGAUUUAGGCAAGGCAACAGAACAUGAAUUACAUGAUGUCAUAAUACAGACUUUAAAGAAUAAGCCUGCAGCACAAUUUGAUCGAGUAGUUAUAGUACAUAAUGUUGGUACCAUGGGAGAUAUUACUAAGAAAACAAAUGAAAUGACUGAUAUAAAUAAUUGGCGCAAUUAUUAUGAUUUAAACGUUUUUGGUCCUGCUAUAUUAAAUGGAGUCAUUAUGAAAAUAUUUAAUGAAACUCCAAGUGCCAAGAAAACUGUCAUAAAUAUUACUUCAUUGCUUGGUUUGCAACCAAGAAAAUCAUUUGGUUACUACUCUAGUGGAAAGGCAGCACGUGAAAUAUUUUUUAAAGUAUUUGCAUUAGAAAAUCCAGAAGUAAAUGUAUUGAAUUAUUCACCAGGGCCAGUUGAAACGGAUAUGUAUUAUCAGGUUUGUACAGAGACAAGUGAUAAAGAAGUUCAGUCUAGUUUUAAUGAUCUGUUAGUAAAGAGAGCUGUUUUAACUUGUGAACAAACCGUUAAUCGCCUUUUGAAAGUCCUUGAAAACCGUAAAUAUAAAUCUGGUGAUCAUGUUGAUUAUUAUGAUGAGUUGUAAAAUAUUUGAAAAUUUAUUUAUGUAAAUUAUUUACAUUCCAGUUAUCAUUACUUAAAAAUAUAUAUCAGUGUA